UGGUUUCCAUCCAAAUAUUUCACUCUCAACACUACUACUAUCAUCCUCAUAACUAUCGCAAUGAAGCUCCCUGUCGAUCUGAGUGGUCAGAUGCCGGGCGCCAUGGACCAAUUAGCCAAGACGGGAAGCAUGACCUUCAUGUGUACUAUGAUGUCUAAUUUGAUGCCUUCUCUGGCGUCUAUGGACAAUAGGGAACUUCUUGCAAAUGUUACAGGCACUGUCAUUAUCGGUGUGUUUUGCGUAAAUUGCUGCAAGUCAUUGAAGGCAAACUUCUUUCUUACGCGUAUUGCGUCAAAUUGUGAUACAAGCCGAGACGAUGGAUACUAUGUUUUGCAACUUCAAGACAAGAUGGAGCUUGGUAGAAGAACACUCAAAAGCUUUUCAAACUCGGCAAAUCGCUCAAUCCAGAAGGGUGAGAAGCAACUGCCUACAAAUCUUCUGAAGCUGAUUGAGCAAUGUAGGAGAUUCGAAGGAGUAGUGAAAUUUGAUAGUGGGAAUAUUCAACGUCUGAAUUUGGUUACAUUUCCCAACAGUUGGAGCUUGCCGAUAGUAACCUUAACAUGCAUCGCAAUUACACUUCCAAACAUCAGUCAGGAGAGUGUUGAUAACUUGUUUAGAGGUGUGUGUGAAAGUCUUUCAUAUACUCUUCUUGUUGAAGAAAGCCUCAACAACGUAGGUGAAUAUAAAAAAAUUCAUAAGGCAACUAUGGCGUUGUGGCAAGAGGUUGAAGUCAACUACAAGUGGUUGGGGAACACGCUCCAAAGAAAUGCCUAUAAAGAAAAAAAUAUAAAAGAGAUUCUUGAAUGGUUUGCUGAUACAGCAAAGGACAUUGCAGUAGAAAUGAACAAACACAUCAAUCAGGAACCGUUUGACAGCUCUUGUGACAGGUUGGUUGUUGCUGAUUCGAUGUAUCGUGUGACGCAAACAAUCAUGGUUAACUACGCUGAUGACAUCAAAGACGACAGAGGAGAGCAACUGUUUAACCAGCUAUCUAGCAUGAUUGUAGACAUAGCGGUUGCUUGUUUUACCAACUUACCACGAGUCAUAGUAAUGAAAUGCCAGGAAGAUGCAAUUGAGAAACGAGAGGCUAGUGUUCGGGCUGCAGCGGAGCUUCUUGGCAGUACUAAGAAGGUAAUAGAAGAAGUUUAUGCGUGUGAAGUACCAAACUUGGAUCCUGAGCAAAUGGCAUUUAUUGACAAGUGA